GAUGCGCCGGAGUGGAUGGUGUGGAAUCCGUACGUGCGGAGCGGUUAUCGCGUCGGCGCGCGGUGGCUCGGGGCGACGCGAUCGAUAUUCAUGCUUCACAACGAGACGGUGAACAUAUGGAGUCAUUUGUUGGGAGUUUUGAUGUUCGCAGCGCUGAUCGUGCAGACGUUUCGGACGGCGCACUCGGGCUUCGUGCCAGACGAUCCCGAGCCCGCGCGGCCGGUCACGCGGUGGCCUAUGUAUAUUUUUCUCACUGGUGCCGUCGUGUGCUUAUUCUUCAGCACGAUGUGUCACACGUACUGCUGCGUCGGCGAGAUUGAUGCCGAACGAAUGUGGCGUUUCGACUAUCUUGGCAUCGCCGUAUUAAUCGUGGCGAGCUUUUACCCCAUGUUACACUACUCAUACUAUUGUCUUCCCGGUUGGAGAGAUAUGUACUUGACUGGUAUUACGGUAUUCGGGUGUUUGACCGUCGUCCCUACGUUCAUGCGAGCGUUUCAGAAGAAGGAGUACGCCCCGUUACGAGCGUCUCUCUUCGUCGCCCUAGGCUGCCUGGGUCUUUUCCCGAUUUUUCAGCAAGUCUUCUUCGUUUGGCACAUCGUCCCGACGCCUAUGAUGGAAGCAUUUUAUUUUGAAAUGGCUAUGGGGUUCGGCUACGUGUUUGGAGCAUUCUUGUACGCCAAGAUGAUCCCAGAGCGGUGGAGCCCAGGAUCGUUUGACUUCUUCGGCUGCAGUCACAACAUUUUUCAUUUUUUGAUCGUGCUCUCGACCUACUUUCACUACAGAGCGAGCAUCAUUUAUCUUACGUGGCGUGACAACUACACAUGU